AUGAGAAAAACCAUUCAAGGAACAAUUUAUCCUAACCAAGCAACAAGGAAAAUAUUAGAGGCUAAUUCUCGCGGUUGUCAAAAAGUUUACAAUCAUUUUAUCGGAGAAAGAAAAAAGUGUGAUAAAAAGAAGCAGAAGCAACCUAGUAAAUACGAACAGAAAAGGCAAUUAAAGGAGUUUAAAGAUGAUAAUCCAGAGUUGAAAAGCAUUCAAUCUCAAAUUCUCCAAGAAAUA